UAGGGCGCAAAUUAGUGUCUUUUUUCGUAAUGUCGCGCCAGACAUACAUUUCAGCAUUAAUUGGGCAUUUCUGGCAACCCAAUUCAGGGAAACCAAUACACGAAAGCAACCAAACAAAUGCUAUUACAUCGUCUUCCUUCGGUAAUCAUCGGGUCAUUACACAGUUAUCUAAUACGUUGAGGUGAUGAAAUUUCACUAUGCAAAAGCUGUUUAGACACGGUCAACGUGAUUGCCAAAAUAACUCGAUAGAGUCUCGUUGGAUUUCGAGUGCUUUUACAACUUAAGUACACGCUUCAAACUUUAAAAAGAACCUGUGCAGAAAUUUCUACAAUAGCUUUGCUUAAACCUGGCAAGGAGUGGUGAGAAGACGCGUCCGACACUAUAUUCUCAAAGAACACAUGUCUUCAUAUGAACAAGAACGUUUAACCCGUUCAGUGUUCUCUUCUUAACUCUCUAAGUAACAAGGUAAGGAAGACUUUUGGAAGAGAACCGAUUCGGUUGAGUAUCAUUACUAUCAUGCAGGAAAGUUUUCAACAGAGCAGCGAUUUUGAAAACAUAAUUGUGCUUACUCUGUUAACCUAGGUUUGCUGGACAGGUGUGCAGGAGUAGCUAAAAAACUAACGUAGGAAACUUCCUCCCCCCCAAAAAUGUAAUAUAUUUUACAGAUAAAAGGGGGAAAACAAAACGAUAACUCAUCAGUCACAUAGAAUGAAUGGUUGUACCGUGAUUUUUAGCCAACAGAUGGCUCCAUGUCGUUUUGCCAAAAAUUUGAUUUGCAGUUAUCCGUGUUUCAACCGCACAACGGAAAUGUGAAAGCGUUUUGCUUACGUAAAUGUUGCCUGGGGUGAGAUGUAUUAAAAAGUUAGGUUUGUCCGCUGCAUGCUAUGUAAGAAGGGAGGAUGGGAAUCGUACAUUAUGUGCAUAACUAUAGAGGAAACUGACUAAAGAAACCUGUGAAAGGAUCUGCGCAAACGUCAAUAAAAAGCAAGUGAAAUCCAUCUCGAACUUCACGAAAUUUUUUUCGGCAAGAUAGAAAAGUUGCUACGUCGUGCAAGAUUGACAACACUUAAGUGAAAGACAUACUCGAGAUUCACAUCGAGCCAAGACGUGAUUUCUUGACGUCACAAGAAUCACCAUUUUCGUAUAGCAUUAACAACCAUCCGAGCUUAAAAAUCACGUUGAAGUAAAGGUUCCGACAUAUCAAACGCAAACCUUGCUUCGUUCAAACUAGAGGUUCACGAAGCUUACACAACAAAGAUGGAAGUCCCAAACGCCACCGGGAAUGAAACCAAAGGCUUGGAUGACAAAACCACAAUGUUUUUCGCAAUUAUGUGCUUUGCCAUAAUAAGUAUGGUGGGUAUGAUAGCAAACGUUGUGAUUAUCGUGAAACUCAUGAAGCAUAAGAGAAAAUCCAGUGAAUACUUCAUUCUAAAUUUGUCGAUAACGGAUCUGGUCGUCUGCUCAUUGUGUAUACCGCUGGACAUUUACGAUCAGUUUGCAGGAACAUGGAAGUAUGGCGCUUUCAUGUGCAAAAUAAUUUGGCCGUUUCAGACACUUUUUACGCUCAUUUCUAUUUUGACCCUGACUGCAAUGGCGAUCGAACGACACAGAGUCAUAAUGACGCCAUUCAAACCUCGUUUGACGCGUUCCGACUUGUUGAAAGUGAUCCUUCUCAUUUGGUUGAUAGGGUUUUGUGUGAUAGCCCCAUACAUACACCACCUGGAGUACGAUGGUACUGAAUGCAUAGAAAAGUGGCCACACAAGAUGAGCGGAGCGUAUUACACACUUUCUUUGCUCAUCAUUGACUACUGCAUACCGCUGACCAUCAUUGCGUAUUGUUAUGGGCGCGCAGGCUACAAACUGUUCGUCAACACAAGAGAAUUUAAAACGGUGAACUCCGGAAUUAUGAAUCACAUGAAGCGCCUCGAGCGUAACAAGCGCGUUAUCAAAAUUUUCAGUUUUGCCGUCUUAGUCUUCCUUAUUUGCAUGUUGCCGAGCGACAUAUAUUGGAUGUGGAGGAGUUUUGGCGACGAUUCUGAUUUCGCACACAAGAAAAGCUUCGAAACUUUUUCUUAUAUCCUCAUAUACAGCAAUAGCUGUUUCAACCCGUUCAUAUUCGGCGCAUGUAACUUUAACUGCUUCAGAAAAAAGUCGUCGAUGUCUUCGCAUCGGAAGCUUGUGCAAGAAGGUUCGGGAAACGCUAACAGCAUGUCGUCGGGAAGCAAUGGACACCACACCACAUCCACGAAAGGAGAAAAAAAAGUAGAGCACGAUGAUGUGCUGAUCGAUUUCAACAACCUAUCCAAACUCAGGGAAACAGACAUUUAAUAAACUCGUUCCAAACUUCGGAUUGUACAAAGUCGUAUAAUAUCUAUACCUAAUAGAAAACAAACUUGUUUAUAUUCUGUAUAAUUCAUAGAUAUUUUCAUUUCUUUAUAAAUAUAUCAAUGACAGUAA